GGUAAACCAAAGCAUAGUCGUCAGCGAGGAUAGAUUUCGUUGUAGUCGUGUCCGAGUUUUCGAAUUGAAAUUUGUGCGACAUCGUCAUACAUUUUUUUCUUGUAUUGCAAAGCAAAAUCGACGACAUUUAUUAUUGCAAAAUUUGGAUUUAUCUCUAACCACAACAGAAAUGGGAACCAGGCAAAUGCAACAAAACAUGCUCAAGCUGCGCAUGGCAGUCCAGAAUCGCAACGUAUCUCUCGUGAAGAGUCUGAUGCAUAUGAAACUAAACUUGAAGACGCAAGAAGGUGGUCAAUUAUUGUGGAGUACAAUACUAAAUCUGGAAAUCGCAGAAAUUCUAAUACUCGGCGGUGUGGAUCUUGACGUACGAAAUCCAAGCGACAAUACGAGCUUCUUACUUUGGUUCGCAGCGAGAUCCGAUAAAGUCGACUGUUUAAAACUAGCAUUACUGGUGGUGAAACGUGGCGCAAAUCUGAAUUUUCGAGACCGGGAAGGUAAUACCGCGCUGCAUUUAGCUGUGCGUAAUCAAGCGGUGCCACUGAUCAAAGCCCUGGUGGAUAAAAGAUUGAGUGUCGAUAUCGCCAAUGUCGACGGUGAAACGGCUUUUACCAUGUGCGCGAAGAGUCCCAUAGCUAAGUCCAUAAUAGUGCUACUCCUUCAACAACAACCCCUAGAUAGGGCCAAGGUAAAUAAGAGACUUUUGGACUCGAUGCAGUUUUUGCUCUGUUCGGAUAGCGAUGAGUUGUUCGGGAUUGCACAAUUACUUGACCUUGGUGUGAAUCUCAAUGACAAGUGCGAGUGCGGCUUGACGCCAACUGCAUUGGCUAUUGCGCGGGGUAAGUCGGCAGUGUUGCCGUUGUUCCUAAAGCACGGCGCGGACAUAAACGGAUUAGCGACGAAUCUUUCUCUCCCAUCAAUCAGAUCAUCGUAUGUCGAACAGUCAAUGUUAUUGGAUUUACUCUUAGACGAAGCUACAAGUGUUAAUAAAUCUGACAAGUCUGGCAGAAGUCGACUUCAUCUCGUAUGUUCCUGUAGCAAAUUCAUGUCUCCGCGAAAUUUACAGCUUCUCUUGAACCUCGGCGCUGAUGUGAAUGUGACUGACAAGUUUGGCUAUACCCCGUACUGUCUUUUAGAUCCCUCAUCAAUGAAUGAGUAUCAACAAAUUUACAUCAAACACUUAGUAUCGCUAUGUUGGAAAGGCAUCGGUGUUAAAGAGGUUGACUUGCAACUUAUUCGCAAAGGGCCAAAAACUAAUAAAUACUUUCAGGAUUGCUGGCAGGAGUUGGAAACAAUGAAGAAAAAUUCUUUGUACAAUAACUUCUCGAUAUUUGAUUUCUAUACUAGCAGUUUCAAAAAAUUAUCAUUCAUGUUGAGGAAUAAUGAAGUUGUAAUGAAUUUCAAAAACGAUAAAUGGAAACAAUUGUUCCCGAUUUAUUUUUACGACUUGGAGAUGAUAUUUAAUAUAGCAGAAACAAGAAAAGAUUUAUUACGUUCGGCUGAAGAUAUUGUAAUCAAUGGGAUGUGUGGAACUCUUCCGAUACGUGCAGUAGAACGAAUAGGGUAUCAUUUGUGCUCGGCCGAAUUGUAUAAACUGCCAAAUAUGUUUUAUUUCUCAUUGUACGAGCACACACACUUAUUGGUGUUUGACCAAGCUGUUCCUUCUGUAACAUAAAUAAAAAUUUAUAAGCUACUAUUAUACAUAUCUAUAAUUAUAGAAUUCUCGAAUAUAUAUAUAAGAAGAUAAAUGAAAAAAUUUUUUAU